GCACUUGUUGAACCGCUUAUUUUAAUCUCGACUCACUGAUAGUCAUCUACAAACUUGUUGGUUUCAGCUUCAUAUAGAUAUCCUGGAUUAUCUUCAAUGUACACCUUUGUGUUUUGAUUUAUUGGUUGUUUUCUUCACUGCAUAUUGAUGAUACAUCCUUUGUGGCUGCUUAGAUGUUUGGAUGUUACCACUUAUAUUUCAGAUUCAUUUACUCGUUAAGUAUAUUGGAAUACACUACAUGAAACAAAGUUUUAAGUACAAUAUUAUACUAGAAGAAGGCAAAAACUAUUAUAAGACCAAGCUCUGAAGUAAAUGGACUGGUUGAUGGGGAAAGCCAGAGGGUAUCGUAUCUUCCACUGCAACAGAACCUAUUCCCAUCGUUCAUAAUAACCAUUGUGUCUCUCCGAAUGGUACUCCGCCAUUGAUUACUAACAGUGUAAGUGUUGAAACUGACAGCAGACGUUCUCCUGUUCCUGUGAAAGAGUUUUCUGCAAACGAAUCUCGCGGCGGCCUAGCUAUAAAGCUACGCGCCCCUUCGCCUCUAUCCGUAAACGUCCAAGUUUCUCAGGUGUCGAGUAAGUGUUCGCAAUCACCUGGGUUGUCUGUGGAAACAGAAAUCCACUCCGAUCCUAAAACUCCAAUGUAUAUGAAAAAUGUUUAUGUUUCCCAGCAACUACCCAUAUUUUUGGAUUCAUCUUAUCCUGAAUUCUGUGAUGUUGUAGAGCCAUUUCCAGCUAUGGAUACAAAUGAGUGGCUUGCUGCACACACAAUUGCCUUGUUUGACAAUAUUAGUAUAAUAUAUGACGCCAUAUAUGAGCUCUGCAGUUGCCGAAGCUUGUGGGAGUCUUUGGAAGAUUCAGGAAUCCACAACAUUGUCUCCUCAUUGUUACUGGAAAUUUCAAAUAGUUCGCUUGGUGUGCAAAGCGAAGACGAUCGCGGCAAAAAGAACAAAAGUCUGAUUGUGGGCUCCAUCUCACAAUACAGUAGAAUUUCAGCUCGUCAAGCUAUUGAUGGUGCUCUAUCUUCUUGCCAUGACCUUAUUCAAUGCCCUCGUUUAUUUCCCAUACGAAAUGGUGAACCUUUUCCUUCUGAUUUGCCCCAAUAUGUUUCCGUUAUCUGCAAAAAUAUACUGGUCUGUAUAGUUCAUAUGUAUGUUGCACAUUUCAAUCAUCUGGAUCAACUUGAGUUAAUACCUCAUAUGAAUACCCUAGCCAGACAUUUCUUCGCAUUUAGCAAAAGAUUUUCACUUGUUGAUGAUAAGCAGUUGGAUGCUUUGGCAUGUUUCAGUCAUACAGCAUUUAGUUCAAAUAAUUGAGUAACUGUCGUUAUGGGCAUCAUAAAAGUGCAUUUCAAAUAGAAUCCCUACAUGUGCAGUUGGUCGUCUCUCAUGUGACGUUAAUACCACCGUCAUUAUAAAUAAAUUUGGAAUAACAAACUGCACUGUGCAAACCAAUUUUGGACCCACUAUUUAUUGUAUUGCAUUGUCUUGUAAUAAAACUGUCCUGGUCUAUGAGACCUGUUCGUUGCUUUAUUUCAUUCCACUAAAUGAAAGUCUAUUUUAGUUUGUGGCACUAAUUCCUGGUUGUGUGUUCAUUCUUUUUAAGUUGUAAAUGAGUCAUUGGUUUUGUGUAAUGAAUGUAAAAUAACAGUUGAAUUUCUAAUUGCCCAUCGCCAAACACCUCCAUUGAUGUGUAAUGCCAUUGAAUAACUUGUACAUUUCUCGUUGUUUUUUAAAGGCUUUGUAUCGUUUUAUUUCGGUUAUAUUUGCUUUGGGUUGGAUUUCAACAAUAUUAGACUGAUUAUGAAAUGUAAUUCUGUUCAACUGUACUGUUUCGUAGCUUCUCAUAUGAUCUUGAAAAUUUGUAAUGCAUGAAGUCGUUCUGACUUAAAAUAUAGGUUUUUAUGUGUCUUUCGGUUUUUUGUCUUAGUGAAGGAGAUGUAUUUUAAUUAUACAAAUCAAAUAAGUUGAAGUGCGUUUUGUGCUUACAUUUCAAUGCCCGAACAUACGCUCUAAAUAAAUAUGUAUUUUUGAUAGUUUGACAGUUUGUAGCACCAAGAGCUUUAAUGUGGUUUGGCGUGCUGCUGUGAACCUUAUCCAUCCCUUAGACAUUAGAUUUAAAAAAUGACAAGCCACAGUAGGAAAAGUUUAUUCCGUCGUAAUUUUUGAAUUAACCUGCCUUUUUACGUGUACAUCUAGUUAUUUUAUCUGGACCGAAUAGUUUACAUGGUACAGUGGCUUGAUGGACAAAGUAUUGGCUGUGUACAUAGUAGUUAGUUUUUCUAUGAAUGCUCAUCAAUAGUUUAUGAUGCACGUGGGGCGUAUUUUCAGAGUAAAAUGUGUGACGGACAGUUUGUAGCACCAAGGGCUUUAAGUGUGGUUUGGCGUGCUGCUGUUAACCUUAUCCGUUCUUUAGACAUCAGAUUGAAUGGGUGAAAUGGCGAUGCUUAUACUUUGCUUCUACCUGGAUGUAGUGCUGAUGAGGUUUAGGCGUCUCAGUCUAUAUUCAUAGGAUGUACCAGAGAAGCCUUUUGCCGUUAUUAUCAACCACCGUUGAACCAGUUCUGGAAUACCCACCUGAUAUUUGAAGCAAGGACUCACUACUUGAAUCUAAUAUUUCAAAUGCUCCCUCACAAACAUCGAGUAUAAUACCUCAAACAUUUCUUAGUUCAAGUGAUGAUGUGAUUAAAGAAUAUACUACUAGACCGUCAAGCAUUGGACAGCGGCGACCUUGCAAUCACUCGUUAUCCAUAUGACUGGUUCAACGCCGCAGUAUUAAUCUGCUACACAAAAAUGCAAGAAUAAAGGAUCAGUAUUUGGGUAAAUUAUGCUCAAUUUGUCGAUAUUAUGAAGGUUGUUUGUGAAUUAGGUUGGAUAAAGCUCAAUUUUGCCGUUUUAGUGCGAUGAACACCGAACGGAAACGCGUUAGGAAGUUGCGUGGGAAGCUGUUUCGUAAACUACUUUUGAGGGAAUCAGUUUGUAUGUUUUCUGUUUGUUUACUAAACUAAUGACUGUUAGUAUUUUCAUUUUGUUCUGAUUGUGAACAUUCACUUAACUUGCAAUAUUUUUCGCCAUAUAUAAAUUGCAGUCAGUUAUAUAUCUGUUAUUUAACUACGUCACGAAUGCCAUAACUGUACACCUACUGAAAUUUAUUAUUUACCAUGCUUCAUGGUCUUCCAUCUUAUUGAAUCAUUUACUUGAGUUUUCGAGUUCGGAAAAUGCAAGGUACUUGUUCGAUUUUUCACUGUUCGGGUUGGUGGUCGGGGAACGGGUAAAUCUUGCUUGGACAUUCGAUUGUCGAUUCAUGCAGAGGUUGGAUUGGUUGAUUUUGAGGUUUUUAGCGUAGAUGAAUUGCAAGCAAAAUGCCGUUGAAAAAUUUGGAUAUGGAUGUUAGUAUUACUAAAUAAAUCUAUGACAAAAGAUAAAACAUUCUAAUUGGGACAGUUAUACUCUGGGGAUACGCAGUGUUACUUGGUGGAAUGCCAUCACGUUGAAGAACAUUAUAGGAAAUUAUAGGAAUGCUAUGCUCAACCUUAUCGACCAGUUUGUAGGCAAAACGGGAUGUCUGUAAUGCGAAUAACUCAGUGGCUACCAUUUACUCAUUGAACCAGUCGAUAGUUUCACCACGUACAAUAAUAACGCGAGACAAAAAUGCAUAGUUCAGUAAUUGGUUACUUGUAAAUGUCGGCUAAAAUCUAAUAUAAGUGACUGAACAAUCUUGAUGGUUACACUACUGAUAAAUGAAAUAUUAACCAAAAGAUCUGGCUGAGGUUACCAUGAUCUACGGAAUCAGAUUUCCGAGUAUUUAUUCGUAAGGAAAGUUGUUUUUGAAUAUCGAAGUAUCCAAAAAGAAGUUCAACUAGUCACAAGUACGACGUAUUAAGAUAUGUAGCCGGGCAAUGCAAACUUUUUCAACGUAAAUCUCAGGAGUAAGUUUACUAAUGAGAUGCUUUAGAGCUCCAACUCUAAAGCUCAGCUUUAACACAAUCUUAUCAACGAAUAGAUGGCUUAUUAACUUAAUCGGAUUCAAUAAGUCUUUUGUUAGUGAGUUAAUUGGAUUAUUUCUUAUAGACUAUCAUGCUUUUGAAACUUAUUUUCAUCCAAUAUGAGUAGGUUAACACUUGUGACACUUUCAUAUCUAUAAGCAAUGAUCAUGAGUGUACAAAAUAGAAAAUAAUUGAAGUGAAAUUUUUGUAAAAUUAAUGUUUAUUUUUCGGAUUGUACUUUAUCCGAUCACAUACUGACUUCAAGUAAAUUGUCAAAACCCAAAAAGUACUAGGGAACUAUUUCAUUUUAUUCUAGGACUCACUAGUAGUGCAAGCCUACGACCUCGGAAAUAAAAAGACAGGACGAUUUAGUCUCGUUUGGAGCGCGUUACAUCAAAACCACGAACUCAACCCGAGGAUCCAUAUUUCCAACAUUCUUCGUCAUUCAUUCAAUUUAUUAUA